UCUACUAAUCUUCAAUGUAGCCGGCGGAAUUCCUGGUCGCCGGCGGGACGUCAUUGCCAUGCUUCAGGCUCUCUCACUUCUUCUUCAUCAGGUUUCACGGAAAAUCCCCAACAGUGCGCAAUUCGCCCUUCCGGACUCCACUCCGAUUUUAGUGUGUUGAUUCUCUAUCUGGUCAAUUCCUUAUAUAUGGCCCAACUUGAAGCUAUGCCUGUAAGGGAGAUCCGUGGAGGUUUGAGAUUUGUUGCUGGUGCGGCUAACUUGCCCAUUUCUCCGACGAGCGACAUAGGAUGACGACGGAGGAAGCUUACGAUGAUACCGAUCUGAAAUGGCCUAACUAUUUCCAGAUAAGAAACUGUAGAGAAGAGCAAUUCAACCAUCUAUGGGAAACCUCUGGUGUAAAGCCUAUGGACGUCAUCAGUUUCUCUUGAAGUCGAAGCCACUUGGUGAACUUUGCUUUGGGCCUUGCACUGUUCUUGAACAUAAGGCAUUUCCAAGGUUCUUAGUGGUUUAUGAUGCCUCCCAAGGGAAGAGAGCGUUGCCAAAGUUUAAGGCCCGACAUCCUUAGCAAUCUUCCCCAUAAUGUAAUCGACGUCAUUCUGAUACAUUUGCCUUGCAAAGAUGCUGUGAGGACAAGUGUUUUAUCAAAGAAAUGGAGGUAUCACUGGUGUAGACGUACGGAGUUGACCCUUGAUGAAUCUCUAUGGAAAACCAGAGAGGAUUUACUAAACCCUACAGUUAGAUUUAGGGAGAUCAUCUACCAGCUCUUGACCCUUCACGAAGGGCCCGUUACUAAGUUUACCCUCAACAUCGUUCAUCUAAAAAGGUGUCCUGAAAUUGACAACUUCAUAUUUUUCCUCAGGAAUCAUAUUCAAGAUCUUGUUCUGCACCUUCCAUUUGGAAAGCGAUACACAUUGUCAUCUAUACUUUUCACAUGUUCGCAGCUGAGACAUCUAAAUCUCCGUUCUUGUUCAAUUUAUCAUCCAUCUGCCUUUGAAGGAUUUGAUAAGUUAAUCAGCCUGGAACUAUGUGGAGUCUCAACUUCUUCUGAAUUGCUGGAAAGUUUGAUAUCUCAUUGCCCCUUGCUUGAGCAAUUGGUGCUGUCUACCUCAGAAGAUUUAGACAGGAUUGAAAUUAAUGCUCCUAUGCUGAGAUUGUUCAGUUUCACAGGCGAUAUAAGUUCUAUCUGCCUAAAGAAUGUCCCUCGUCUGGUAGAAGCAUCUCUGCUAGGUGACAUUGAGCAGGCAGAGAGUCUUGAUUUUGCAAAGAUUUUCGAGUCUUGUUCUGCUCUCGAGGACCUCAGCUUGAACUUCUUAAAUUCGGAGUUCGUUGCUGAAGAAGGAUAUAAAGUACCAACAAGGCUUCCAUUUAAUCUUAACAAUGUCAGACGAUUUGACCUGCCCGACAUUUUACUUGUGGAAUCAUAUAAGCUUUCAUAUGUUCUUUGCUUAAUAAGAAGCUUCCCAUAUUUGGAAUAUCUCGAAAUGCAGGUUUGUGAUGACAAUGAUAGUGAUACUGAUGAAGAAUCUACCGAAGAAUCCCUUGAACCCGAAACUUUGUCAGACCUGACAUUUAAUCACCUUGAGGAAGUUCAGCUAGGAAGCUUUAUAGGAAGGACAUCCGAGAUGCAGUUUAUCAAGCAUUUGUUAGCCAACUCCCCGGUGUUAGAGAGACUGGUUAUCAAUCGACAGUUUCUAGAUGAGGAGCCUCUCGACACAAGAGAAGAAAUAUUCACUGAGAUCUCAAAUUUUCCGCAUGCAUCACCUAAAGCAGAAAUCGUCUACAAAGAUUUAAGCUGAUCUUGAUCUCUGGCUUAGAAGAAUCAAAUUGACAAGCGCGAAAGAGACAUUUAUGUGGUAUUAUAACUCUCUGUUUUACCUUGCUAUAACGUCUAUUUCCGAACGUGAACAUUGCUUGGAUGGAUGUUUUGAUUAGUUUGUUAUCGUUACAUGUUUAAGGAUUUCUAAAUUUACUGUCUGUUCAUGAAUGAGUUAUCCAGGAGUGUUUGUUUUCUUCA